UGAAUACAUUGCCCUACCCCUCCGACCAGGUCGUGCUGGCACUCUCAUUCUCUGUUCUGCAACUCGAUCGUGGACUACAGUGAGAGUACAGACUGCAGAGUUCCCUGAAUUUAGCUUAUUCUCGAUCAUAAGCGUCAAUUUUUAUUCUCAUCCAGUAUAGGCUCUGGGAAAAUGCUGCCACAGGGGAUGAAGAAAGCUUUCACAGACAAUCCAAGGAAGGUCGCCAACUUGAUUGACCUUGUAAAUCUUCCAUCAACGCUUAGAGAGUUUGUUGGGCAGUCACAGAUAUCUCGUUUGGGCUGUUUCAUGCGCGUCUGGUCAUACAUCAAGACAAAUAAUCUCCAGGAUCCAAACAACAAAAAUGCGGUUAAUUGUGAUGAGAAGCUAAAGAGUAUUUUGUUGGGCAAGCCUCAGGUUGAGCUGGCUGAACUCCCAGCACUGAUUAAACUGCACUUUCCUAACGAGAAAAAAUAGUGAUUUUGAUGUUGGAGGUUCCUCUCUUGUUCCGAAAUAGUCUAUUUUUCAUUGUUGCAUUUGUAAUAUACUAACUCCUUAAUGUUGUAACUUGGGGAAUCAAUGCGCUAUCACUUGCCAACUUGUGAAAGAAUCCACCCUUAUCCAGCA